AUGGAGGUGAGGGAGGCCUGGCCGUAUGCUUGUAGCCGAGCUGAUAGGCGAGGAGCUUCAUGGAUAGUACCUCCGGAGGUGAUAGGCAUUCCAUUGUCUUGGAACUUCCUUCCUUUAAAAGAUGAUGCCAGGAUCGUCUUUCAUGACUGGGUAGAAGGUGACGGCUUGGGAGACCUGCGCUUGUCGCUUGCAUUAUCUCUGUUUUCUACUCCCUGGUGGUCAGCUCAUGCUCUUAGAGUUGGCUAG